CUGGGACAGCAGGGUCUCGGUCACUGUGGCGCAGAGGGAUGUUGGCUGGAGCCAAACCUGCUUGGUGGUGCUGGGCUUGCAGCAGUGGUUUGGGGACUGGUUUUUCCCAGGCCUUGGUCUCGUUUCCGGCUGGUCUCCUGGUUCCCUGGGGUGAGCGCAGGAGCUGGGCAGGCUCGGCAGCGCGCGAGGUGAGCCGGGAAGGGAGCCUCACGGCGAGGCAGGGAGGUUGGAAAGGGAAAGAAACCCACUCCAGCUGAGUGGAAAGCCAUCUGAAAAUAACGGGAAAUGAGCACAGGGGAAACAUCUGGGUUCAGCUCUUGCACUGCUCCUGACAGGCGCAGGGCAGCUGCCACCUCCGGGCGAUGGUGGUUGAGACUCGGCUCCUCUGCCGAGCAGACCAGCUGGCAGCGUGUCCCCACCGCUGCUCUGGCAGUGCCAAACUGCCAGUGUCCCAUGAGUGUUGGCCACCGGUCAGUCUCUUUGCCUGCCGGGGGUCUCCCCAUGUCAUCCUGGUGUUGGCGGUGCCGGGGCGCAGGCUGCAGUGCCCCCGGCCGAGGUGCCCCCAGCCACGGCCGCCCCGCUGGCAGCCUUUGAUGCGGGUGAGUGGCAGCUCCAUUGUGGCCCCUUUGUGCCUCCCUCGGUUCUCGGGGUCCGCACAAAACCUGCCAUGGAAACCAAAGCCAGCCGCUGCCCCAGGAAACCCACAGGCGCAAUUAGGAAAUGCAAAUAUAAAUGCAAAUUCCUGUGCUGCCUUCCAGGGCCGGAAAAGUUGUCCCUGGGCCACUGAUGUCCCUGGGGUUGCUGAUAUCCCCAGCUGCAGGGAUGGGGAAGGCAUCUAGGCAGGCAGCGAGAGCCGGGGUGAGCCGCUUUUGGGGUGCCUUAGUCUCUUCCCUGGCUGCCCCGUGCUUGGUGGCGGGAGGAAUGGGGCAUCUGGGCCAUGCUGAGCCGUUACUCAUAGGUGACAAUAUGACAUUGAUAUUUUUUUCCAUCCUCUGGGUUGCCCAGCAACAAACAAACAAACAAGUGUCUUAAAACCUGAAUUAAGUGCCUUGCAGGAACCGUCCCCUCCUGCCAUGGUUGUGUGUGGCCAGGCUCCGGCAUGCCCUCAUCGCUGGCGAUUCUGCCUGUAUCUUCUGGGGUUUGUUUUGGGGAGACGACUGUCUUUCUCACAUUCUGUGCUGCUGCGGUGUGUGAGCCUGGCAGAGGGAAGGCAGGCUCACUGGUAAGGACCCUCCUCACCAAAGCACACCAAGAAUAGAUGGAAAAGGAGAUAAAAUCCACCCACAAAUAACUCCAGGAAGCAUAAAUGCUUCAGGUCUUCAUUUCCAGGUGGCUCUUACGAGCAAUGGAUGCUCUGGCCCUUCCUUGGGCCCCCAGAGGAUGUGCAGAGGUGGAGUGGGGAUAAUGGCGCUGAAGAGGAUGAAGGAGAGAGUAGGGAGGUUUGGGAAGGAUGCUGAUCUGAGCAAUUCCUCUCCCUGGGGGAAAGUGGUAACGUUUUCUUUUCCCAUGUGCUGGAGGAACUGCAGCUAGGAGCUGGGGAGAUGAUGUUGACAGAUGGAGAGCAUCGUCCACAGCAAUAACGUGUGGGGAAGGGCAGAUCCUUUGUGCAUGGAUCGGAGCCCAGUCUAGGGCUGUACUGCUUAAAACCAAGCAUUUUAUUUUUCUGAGCUGCAGCCCCUAAGUCCUUUCCUAUCAGCAGCUGAAGUGGUGCAGGAUGUGUGUCCCCAUUAGUGGUGCUUUUCCCCCAGCCCCAGUCUGCUUUUAUUGCUGGGAAAUGAGCUCUGACUCCUGGAAAUGGUAUUUCUUCCUUCUGCCUGACAGCUUGUCGAUCCCUGCCCUUGCUCACUUCCCUGGGGAAGACACACGCACAGAGCUGGGCACGCAAGCACGCCGGCGAUGGAGCCUUGCUGCUGUCCUUGGCGAGGAGAGCAGAGCUUGAACGAGGUGGGAAAUAGGCAGAUCUCCCUCAGAAAAUGGAGCGUGGCACACAGUCAGGCUCAAAGCUGAUUUUAAUAUUUGCCUCAGUUAUGGAGUCAAUUAUAAGGGUGAGAUUUCUUUGCCACCACACGUUCAGGCAGCGGUUAAAUGCCCACGAGAGCAACCUUUGCAGCAGCUGAGGAGCUCUGAGGAGCGCAGAGAGGCACUGCAGACUGCACCUUCACCCUCUGUUGGGCACAGCCCUGCCUACAGCUCCAGGGGCCAUCUGCGCAGGAUGGGGUGUCAGGAGCCAGCUCAUGGGAAGGACCCUGCCGCUGGUCCCCUGCACCUCUGCAGAGCCAAGCGGCGGGGAAUGAUGGCUCGAGUCCUGGCCAAUGGCGACAGGUUGUGUGGGAGCACACACCAGGGCCGUAAGACGGUUGCAGGGGUUUGGAACAGCCUUUGAGGGGGAUUCCCGGGCUCCUGGAGCUUGAAUUUGUAAAAUCCUUGUGGCAUUGAGCCUCCCUUGCUGGCAGUUGCCUCAGUCAGGCCAGUGCAAAGCACGGGAUGACGAUGGGGUUGUACAUGAAUUAAUAACGCAAACUUAAAAAUAACAAAACAGAAGUGAGGUGAGAUUUUGAAGAACAUGACCUGGUUUGGUGGCGGGGCACUGCAAGGGGGUGAAGUGGGCAGCGGGCAGAGCUGCUGCUCAGGGGCUCGGGGCUUCCGUCGCCGCCGCCGAGAAGUGGGGCUGCGCUGGCACGGGAGCAGACUCUGCUGCUGGGCUUGAAAGGAGACUGAGAGCUUGUCUCGGCGUUGGCCUGACUUCAAAUCCAGGUUAACAUCCUGUAUAAUUUCUGUAUAAAGCCAUGGUGUGCUGUGAGGGAGCAGAAGGCGUGGAGCAAACUUGAUACUUUGGCUUUUGAGGGCUUUUCUCUCCUCUUUGAGCCCUGUUGUGCUGGGGAUGGAGGAGCCUGUUCUUGAGGCUGGCUGGAAACGCUUCUGCAGGAGAGGCCUGUCGUGUUGGCUUUAAUUAAAUAUCUGUCCCUGGUGAGGUGUAGUGUUUCAGGCAGGUUCUCCUCUGCUGAGCAAUGUCACUCCGCGCGAGGGAGGACAAAAGAGCAGCACAAUUACAGUGUGACGCUGUGUCCCAGGACAACGAGGAUACAGCAGUGCCCGAAUUGUCAGCUUGGUGCUUUUGCGGGAUAGCUUGCAUCAGCCAUAUGGCUUAGUGACUCAUAAAAGAAAAAAAACAACAACAACAAACCCAGUUCCUCCAUUUGCAACUUAAUUAGUCCUUUUCUUCCCCCCAGUCUUGGCUCGCAGUGAUCCUGACUUGUAAAUGUGGUGCUGAGGGGCGCUGUGGGCUGCGCCGGCUCCUGCCUUUGGCACAGCGGGCUCGUCCUGGAUGCUGAAGGAUGGAUGUUUGUGCCGAGUAGCUGCCAUGGACAUUGGGCAGGAGCCUUCUCAGUGGCUUGAUGCUGUGCGUCGCUGCCGUGCCACGUAGCGAAGGGCUGGGAGGUGGAAGAAGUGAGGAGUCCCACUUGGGAGGGCAGACUGGUGUCUUCUGCUUCACCUCUGCACCCAAAAUACCUGCGGGGUGACCCCAUGGCCCCCUCGGCUUCCUUGGAGAGGCUCUGCCAGGGCUUCUGCGCCCUUCCUUGAGGGCAGGAGCCACGGGAUGAGCAGCUGGCAGGCACCCUGUGCUCGCACACCUGCUCCCCAGGACAGUCAGGUUGUUGUAAAAAAGCAAAACCUCUGGAAGGCGAUGGCUUCAGUCGCCUGUGGCUCUCCUGUUUCAUGCCAGCGUAUUCCUGUCUGCCCAUCAUCAUCAUCUCCGUGUUGCUGCGUCUCCCUGUCUUCCCCACAUGCUGCCCUCAUCCUCUCCUUGGGGACACCUGAAGCUGCCGGCGUGGUGGUGGCUGUGGGGGUUCCCCCACCUCCCAGGGGUGCUUUCACUGUGCACGUGGCACGGCAACCCAGCGCCUUUCCUCCUCGGCUGUGGUUUAGUGCCCCGAGUUAAAGGGUUGCCAGCAGCCCGCGCAGUCAUCACCUUUAAAUCUUUUUACCAGACCCUAAAGGCUUGGGUCCUGUCCUGGUAAAUAAUUCACUGUGCCGACAGUGAGAGUUUUACUCGACUAAUUUUGUUUCCAUAGAAACUCAUGUGGUCUCGCUGCUUCACGGAGCCUCGGGUGAAUCAAUACCUCUUUUUUUCCUUUGCACAUGAAGUGAUGACCCUUAAACCCUGACGGCAGGAGAGCAGCAGCCGGAGAUGCUGGUGUUUGGGCAGCACCUUGGUGCCCGUCCCUGCCCAGUCCGUUCCAGUCCAUUCCCAGUGUGUUCUUCCUACGCAAAUAGCUGGGGGUGAAGGGGCUGCCUCUGCUCAGACACUUUCUCCAUUUUGUCCCCUCCCGUCCUUUAAUUUCUUUGACCCUUGACCUAAAAUGGCAAAUUAGCAUUUGUGAAUCAGCUGCGCUAAUUAGCCAGGGAGCAGAGCUGGCCCUGCCCCCAGCCUGGUUUGCUUUCAUCUGCUCCCCGUUAGGUGCUCGCCAACCAAAUCUAACUCCAAAAUUGCCCAGAGGUGCCUCCCUCCCCAGGGAGAGCCGCACACCUUUGUGUCUGCAGGAAUUCUUAUUUUCUUUCACUCCCCGCUGCUUCCCAGUGCUUUUGUGCCGAGCAGGGAGCACAAAGCGAGAAGGGAUAAGCGGUUAAAGAUGGGUUUGGGUGACAUAUGGUGUGAGGGCUUUGCAUGACGGCUGCGUGCGGGGGAAAUGCAAGCGGGCACCGGGCUUCCCUCCUGUGAGGGUGAGAUGGAUGGGUAAACUGAGGCAGGGAGUUUGGCGAUGGGCACAGGGCUUUCCUGCAGGAUGGAGGCGGCGCUGGCACCCGGACCUUGCUGCUGUCCCGUGCACCUUUAUGCCAGGCAGUGCUGUUUCAAACAAGCUCUAAGCUGAUUUUUCAGCUGGGGGGUGUGUGUUUUGAUGCCUGUGGUGAAAGCUGGAGGGAGAAAGGUCACUGAUGUUCAGCCGCCUCGUGGAAUAGUCUUAUAUCGGCUCUCUGCUUUAGGCAACCUCUUGCAUCUAAUUUAUUACGCAUUGAUACGAGAUAGAGUUGGACAGGGAUGCAGUUAAACCAUACAAAGGGAUGCUGGGUUACUUUAAUCGCUCACACUUGCUUGACCUAUUUUUUUAAUCCCUUCCUGGAAACCUUAUUUCAUGUUUGAAUUCCCUCAACUAUUUUAGGAAUGUCAUCCUCCCAAGAUCAAAUUACCUCCAAUGAAACCAGUGCAAGGCAGGCGACUUUUUGAUUAAGAUCUAGUGCCACCUCAUUAAUAUAGGCUUAGUUUGGAGGGGAGUGGGCUGUAAUUCUGGCAUGGCAAAUGUGUGUGAAAGCCAAGGAUUAGUGUGGCGCGAUGCUGAAGGGCAGGGAGGUGGCUCUGCCCUUGCUUGGCGGAGAGGGCUGGGGGCAUCCCGGUGUGGCCGGCGGUGCCGGGACCCUCUUGCAGCCCUGUGGAUCCUGCUGCUUCCCAGCACCGGCGAGGCAAAGGUGGGUGCUCUGGGCGCUGCUCAAGGGGGGAGAGGGGACCCCAGUAGAGCCCGGUCUGGCUUUCGUGCCCUGGCUGCGUGCAGCCCCCCAGGUUUUAGCUGGGUGUCGUCGGUUUAUGAGCUGUCUGGGUGCUGCGGAGGGCCGGCAUCUGGUCGGUUCACAAAGGGCCCUCAUAAAUCUGUCGGGAGGAUGGCAUGGCCGGCCGCAGCUGGGCGAGCAGUGGGUGCCCCGAGGCAGCAGCCGCCGCUACUGCUUCUCAUAAAAGCGGUGCCUUUCUGAGUGCAGGUCUGGCCGUGGGCUCCUCAAUAAAACCAUCAGGUGAGAACAUUUGAGCCGUAACACUGACGAUGCCCGGAGCUGCGACUGGAAUUGCUCCACUGCUCUUGCUGGUCCCCUCCUGCCUGCUUCUCUGGCUUUGAACGCUACCCUUGGAGGCAAGAAGGGACUUUCGUUUUGCAGAGUUUCAAUCCUAUUACAGUCACCCCUGCAUCCGCUGAGCAGUCACGUCCCGGGACUUCUCAUUCCUGUGUUGAGCAGCACCUUUGCAGGCGUCUGGCUGCAGGCAGCGCUCAGCAAAUCAGCCCUGGCCAAAGCCAUUAUUUCUGCUUGAACAUCUCUAGUUUUGAGACUUCCUACAAGAGUUUUCUCUCCAGGAGCCGGGACUCUGGCAGGCCUCAUCUCCAGGUGGGAGGAUGCUGCAGCGCGCCGGGGGCUGACAGGCGGUGCUGCUGGCUGUGGGGAGCGGGACCCCUGCUGCCUGCCCAUGCCCCCCACCAGCUGCCGGGGCAGUGCCCCGUGACAAGCAGGGGCAGGCGCCCGCUUCGCCGCAGCCAGGACCGCAGUCGCUGUGUCCCGGCCAUCCCACCAUGACAAGCCUCUUCCGUCGGAGCAGCAGCAAUGGCAGUUCGCGCAGCGGCUCCUCCGCCCAGGAGCUCAACAACAGCCGCCCUGCCAGGCAGGUCCGACGGCUGGAGUUCAACCAGGCCAUGGAGGACUUCAAGACCAUGUUCCCCAACAUGGACUACGACAUCAUCGAGUGCGUCUUGAGGGCCAACAAUGGUGCUGUGGAUGCCACCAUCGACCAGCUUCUGCAGAUGAACCUGGACAGCAGCGGCUGUGACGACAGUUCAGACUCGGAGGACAGCAUCCCCCCUGAGAUCUUGGAGCGGACCCUGGAGCCAGACAGCUCAGACGAGGAGCCCCCUCCUGUCUACUCCCCUCCUGCCUAUGAGAGCCAGGCAUUCGGCAGCCGUUACCCCCGCGCACCACCCACCCCGCCGCCCAGGUGCUAUCUGUGCUUGCCCCGCAGGACAGACAUGCCAACACCCGGCAGCACUCCAGCGCCUGGCCGCUACAGAAAUUGGAACCCACCGCUCCUGGGCAACCUCCCUGAGGACUUCCUCCGCAUCCUGCCCCAGCAGACCACUGGCACACAGGGCUCCCACAGCUGCCGGCACCCCGUGCCGCGGGGGCUUGCCCCACGGGGCCAAGGCUCUCUGGAGCAGGAGCGGAGGUGGAAGCAGUACCUGGAGGAUGAGCGGAUCGCACUCUUCCUGCAGAACGAAGAGUUCAUGAAGGAGCUGCAGAGGAACCGAGAUUUCCUCCUCGCCCUGGAGAGAGAUCGAUUGAAAUAUGAGUCAAAAAAAUCCAAGUCAACCAGCGUUGCUGUCAGCAAUGACUUUGGUUUCUCCUCCAUAUUAUCAGGUGACGUAGCUCCCUCUGUAACCAGUGAGGCCGGUGGUGCCGUGUCUGAUGAUGCCUUAUUCAGAGACAAAUUGAAGCACAUGGGAAAAUCCACACGCAAGAAGCUGUUUGAACUUGCCAGAGCCUUCUCCGAGAAGACAAAGAUGAGGAAAUCAAAAAGAAAACACUUGUUGAAGCACCAAGUGCUGGGGACGGCAGCUUCCACGGCAAAUCUUCUCGAUGAUGUUGAAGGACAUUCAUGCGAUGAAGACUUCCAAGUACGGAGGCAGCAGCUCCGGGAGGAGGAGGAGACGCCGAAGGAAGGGCAGUAAAUGGUCCCAGCGCUCGGUUUUAUUGCUGGCACAGGACGUGCACAAGGCUUCAUAAGAAGAUGGCUGAAAAAGGAAAAAAAAACACCCAACAAAUAACCCAGUUUUUUGGCUGUUCCCCCUCUGCUGUUGUACUCAUCUGAAGUACAAGUAUUGAAGUGAGGCACAAUGUUUUCUUACCAGUGGUUUGAAAGCAACUUCUAUCUAGCAGAUCAGCCAAAAAGGAAAAAAAAAGGAGAAAAAAAAAAAAAAAAAGCCAGCAGCUGCUGCGGAGGAGCCCGUGGAGCUCUGGCUUGGCAGGAGCAGUGUCCCGCCUGCUCCCUCGGCCUGAGCGGCGUCACAGGAGCAAUGGAAAUCAGUUGUACUAACGAAGAUGCAUUCACAUGUGGGAUCUGCUUGGCCGGAGCACUCCUGAACAUAUCUCUGUAGCGAUCUGAUGUAACUUUACUCUGCGCACACACAGGAAAACAAAAACACGUGAGAAAGAGAGCCUAACAGCUGUUGUCUACUGUUGCUAGGAGUAACGAGCAGAGAUUCAGAUCAGGUAAUAGUUAAAUAAUAUAAAUUGUUUAUAAAAGGAAAGGCCUUCUUUUCCUAGGCGUUUCACUUUGAAUUAAACCUUUGCCUUCGGCAUUGCUAAAACUGCCUUGAAGUAUGGACGCUUUGUGCUGCUGCGGGGCAGCACCAUGGGCUGGAUUUGGCAUCCGUUGAACCCUCGCUGCUGAAGCCGGACACGUCGCGCUGGGUGUGGCGUGCGGCCGGUGGUGCCGCUGCUGGGCAGGGCGCUCAGCAGCUCCAGGGAUGUCCCCCGACCUGAGCUAAAAUGCAAAGCUCGAGUUGAGGAGUUUGCAGCUGAGGCCAGUGGAGGAGUUUUCGGCAUGGAGAGUUUGCACCAGGGCUUGUGAGCGCUGCUGGGUUUGGUGUGGGGUCAGAGCUGGCCUGGCGGCCGGAGCAGAGCACCCUUCCUCGUGCUCACUUGCGGGGUCCAUUUCACUGGGGAGCACAGUGGGGGGCUGGGGGGCUGGCAGGCAGAGCUUGAAUCAUUGCAGCUUUCGGAGAUGCUGUCAGGCUAAAAAUAAUUACGUAAACAAAUUCCUUCCCUCUGUAAGUAAUGAAUGAUGAGCGUAAAAUCAGAAACCGCUCCCGCCAGCACAUUUUCUUCUCCUUUAUCGGCAUAAUCUGUUUACUGCUAAAUACAGGAGGUGGCUAUAGACGUGCCUGUUUCACUUUCUGGCUCCUGCAAACCAGCACAAAUGUUGCAAGAUCGGAGCUGCGAAGGCGGCAGACGCAAGAACCCCAGCCAUCAAACACACACGCAACUGUUUUCCCUGCCUCUCCGCGGGGUUUGGUAACAAAAGCCCACACUGCAGGCGCUGGCUCCCGACAGGCUCCUUUUCAAUCCCGCCUGGAGCCCGCAUGCCUUUGAAGCGGACGCCAAGAUGUCUUUCCCGACAAGCGGUGCGGCCGGUGCACCUGUUGAGCGCUGCUGCUGUCACCCCCGCGGUGGGGAUCGGUGGGGACCCAUGGUCUUUGCCCCCUCCGUGGUCCAUGGACUGAGGCUGCUUUGAGGUAUCUGGGGCUGCAGGGUGUGGGUAGUGCCCCGUUAGCGGAAAUGAAGCACUCCCUGCAGAACCUGGGCUCUGCAAAAACCCAGCAUGCGGAGGGCAAGGAAGCAUCUCAGGACUCCAGCAAGCUUUGCUUCCCUAAAAUCAAAGCAGCAGAAGACCCACCGCACCGAGCUGAUCCCAGUAUUGGUGUCGGCUCCUUCUCUUUUGAAGGAGGGAGAGAAGAACAUCCUUUGAGGCAUGGCAGCCCAGACAAUGCCUUAGAGCCUUCCCAAGCCACGCUGGAAGGUGGGCUCCCAGCCCACUCUGUUCCCAGAGGUGCCCGAGAGGCACAGUGCUCUUUGCUCUGGGCUGCUCUGCACCGUGUGAGGGAAGAUGGGCAUCUGGAAUGGUGUGUCCCCCUACCUGGCUCAGGGCACCAGUGUGGCUGUGGGUGCAAGUGUGAAGCUGGGACUGGGAACAGAAAGUCUUUUGUCUCUAGGUAGGAUUUUUAUCCCAGCCUGAGACUACUGGAGGGAGAGGAGGGGCUCCCUUCCUACCCUCUGCUGGCUCUGGGGUCUGAAGGAGGCUGCCGUCACCCCCUUCCAGUCCAAAGCAGCUCUCUGCAUAUUUGGAAGGAACCCAAGCUUGGAAGCAGAUCAGCUUGUCAAUGUUCCAGCGCCUCUUAGCUACCGAGGGCUUAACUUUCAGCAAAGUUUCCAUGAACGCAGGAAGCACCAACAGGCAGCUGGGCAGGCGCUCAGGCUCUUGCGGGAAGGAAAUACUGGCUCUCCCAGCCGAGGAGGUUGUUACUGGAGGACUGGUCUGGUGUGCAGGGAGGAGAGGCAGCAAAGCACUUGUGCCUGGGUGGUUGCAGCGCGCCUUCCCCACUGCGAAGCCCUUGGAGAGCUUGCUGCAUUCCUCAUCCUUUCUGCUUUGUGCUGUGAUUGUGGAGGAUCACGUUGAGCUCUCUCUGGCAGUCUGUAGCGCUGGGAAAGCCACGUUUCGCAUCACGUCACUCCUGCCUGAACUGCUGGUUUCAACAGCAGCAAGUGGCGCAGUGGUAAAUGCUGCUGUUCCUGCUCUCCACUGGCUGCUCAUUAGUCAACACAUCGCCUCUGAGUUGUCUUUUUAACCCAGCUGUAGUUUGCCAGGGGCGAGGAGCCUGGAGGCAGCAGGCUGCCUCUGCUUUUGCUUUGGGCUCGUCAGGCCAAGCAGCAUCGCUGCGGUGUCGGGCAUCCUCUGCUCCCUGCGAUGCUCCCGGGACUGGGAACCAGGGGCCACAGGGGGGGACGGGUGUCCCUGUGCAGCUCUGCUCGCUGCACACAGAGGGUGUGGAUCCCACCGCCUCGCUGGCUCUGGCUGCCCUGCCGGCAAAGGUUGGGUGUGGGGCGGGUCCAGCGACACGUGCUCACCACGAAGGGUCCUGCGCCCAAAGUGGGCACCGCACGCAGGGCUGGCAGCGAGCGCUGUGUGGGCGCUUGGGAAUGUCUCUGCUAACACGAUCUAACAACUUGCCCUUAAAUAGCCUAGGCUAGGCAAAGCCUCUCGAAAUGAUGUCACUCUGGAGCUGUUUCAAAAUAUCUCGGAGGCACAAAGCAUCAUUUUAAUGGAGGAUGAAGAGUGAUUAUUUUUAUGUCCUUUAAAGAAAGAAUAAAAUCAGGUCUGGUGAGUAGAAAGGCCACCGAAACUGGCUUGGAAGCCAAAACACGUUUCUUACAUGACAAUGUAUAAUUCUCAGUGAUGUUUGUAUCACUUCUAUACAAAAUGGUUCAAAACAAUCUGUAAUGUUUGUGAGUGUUGCUAUUUUAGAAUUUAUUUCCAUAAGUGAUUUUUUUUCUUAAAGAUGUUUAAUAGUAAUUCAUAUAAUAAAGUCCUG